GCGUGUUUUAAGUGAUUUAAUCGAUUCAGAGCCUGCAUGCCCAAGCAAGUCAGUGACUGAAGGAGACUCAUAGUAAAUGCAAGCAGCACUGCCUCAGCGAAUAGAAUUUGUCAUUUCUUUCUACAUCUAUGGGGGACAGUGGUAUGCAGCAUCUUGAAGAGUAGAUGUUCUUUUCUUUCUUUAAGAGUCCUUCAAAGUGGCCAGAAGAGACUGCUGAAGUUUACCUACCACCUGAGACGGGGACAUUUGUUCGCUCCUUCGGUAAUCUGAACCUCGUCUCCAGCAGACCAAACCCCAUUUCAAUUAAUUCAAGAUGUGGAACUUAAACAAGCUUUUCCCACACCGCACAGCUGUGCCAGAGCCAAACAGCACUGCGGUGACGCCAUCUGUUUCCAGUGCAGCUGAUAAUUCAACAGAACCAGUGAACAGCAGCAAUCGGUAUACUACAUUUUUCAAGCAAUUUGGGGCUGUCAUGGAGAAAAUACCAUUGCCACAAUGGGCUAUCAUUGCUUUGGCUGUAGUGGUGGGGCUUCUCGUCAUCACCUGCUGCUUCUGCAUCUGCAAAAAGUGCUGUUGCAAGAAGAAGAAGAACAAGAAAGAAAAGGGAAAAGGCAUGAAAGGAGCACUUAACUUGAAGAACAUGAAAGGGGAUGGCCAGGUAAAACAGGAUGAUGAGGAUGAUGAUGCCGAAACAGGGCUAACAGAGGAAGAAAAAGAAGAAGAAGUGAAAGAAGAAGAGAAAUUGGGAAAAUUGCAAUAUUCUUUGGAUUAUGACUUCCAGGACAACAAGCUGACAGUUGGCAUUAUCCAGGCAGCAGACCUAAUCUCUAUGGAUAUGGGAGGCACCUCUGACCCCUAUGUUAAAGUUUUUCUUCUACCAGACAAGAAAAAGAAGUUUGAUACCAAGGUCCAUAAGAAAACGCUGAAUCCUGUUUUUAACGAGUCUUUCACCUUCAAGAUUCCAUAUCAAGAAUUGGGAGGAAAAACUUUGGUGAUGGCUAUUUAUGACUUUGAUCGCUUCUCCAAGCAUGAUAUUAUCGGUGAGGUCAAAGUACCUAUGAACACUGUGGACCUGGGACAGCCUAUCGAGGAAUGGAGAGAUCUGGAAAGUGCAGAAAAAGAGGAGCCAGAGAAGCUGGGGGAUAUCUGCAUUUCAUUGCGCUAUGUUCCUACUGCUGGAAAACUUACUGUUUGCAUCUUGGAAGCUAAGAACCUUAAAAAAAUGGAUGUGGGUGGACUCUCAGAUCCAUAUGUGAAAAUUCAUCUGCUUCAGAAUGGCAAGAGGCUAAAGAAAAAGAAGACAACAGUGAAAAAGAAUACAUUGAACCCCUACUACAAUGAAUCAUUCAGCUUUGAGAUUCCAUUUGAACAAAUUCAGAAAGUCCAGGUAGUCAUUACAGUCUUGGAUUAUGAUAAAAUAGGAAAGAAUGAUGCCAUUGGUAAGAUCUUUGUCGGGUACAACUCAAGUGGCACCGAGCUGAGACACUGGUCAGACAUGCUGGCAAACCCACGUAGGCCCAUCGCCCAAUGGCACCCGCUCAAACCUGAAGAGGAAGUGGAUGCCAUUCUGGCAUCACAGAAAAAGUAAAAACUGGUCCACUUUACUCAUUCACUGAUUUCCAGGCUCUGCAUGAAACUAACAACCCCUUGUACUGCCAGCGCCGGUAAAUGCCAAUAUUAAAGCUUCAUGGUUUUUUAUUGUCCAUUAAUCAAUUUUCUAAUUGAAGUUCAUCUCCAUUAAUCCUGCUCUGGUAAUACUCCACAGAUGCUGUCUCUUCACAUGUUUUCCUUUCCUGCUCAAUCUGUAACUUUUAAUUUUAUGGAAUUAUGUUUACUCAUUAAUGUAUGAAGAAUGCUUUGUCUUUGGUUCAUAAUUACCUACAAAUGAUAACCUUUUAUGUGUUUACUGUAUUUUCAGUUUCUUUCCACAAUUAAUUUCUUUUAGUAGCUGAGGUACAACCACAUUACUAUGGUUUUAGAAAUAUUCAGAGAACCCAUUCUGAUAAUCUGGAUAAAACAUGUCUGAACUUCCCAUCUUUCCCAUUGGUUGGGCAGCUGUAGACCACUUUUUCAGGAUCGGCAUUAAUUAAUAAACUAAAUCUUAUCAAUGCCAGCAGGAUCAAUUGCUGAGAUUGUUACAUUUAGUUAUACAUCUGCCAUGACAUUAGAAAAAAAAAGAGCAAACCAUCCCAUAGUAGUGUGAAGUGUUUAAAGGGAAAAUGAAUCAAUAUAAAGGGAAAAACAAUCACAAAAAACAAGCAUAUAUUUUAAAGAUAAAAGAACAGCUUCUACUAUUUAGAAGUAAUCACUGCUUUACAUGGAUUUGUUUUCACAUUUUUGCUUUUACCCAAACAUGUCUUUUUAUUACUAGUGCAAACUUUCUACAAGUGAGGAAGUAUCCAGAAAGGAUUUCAUAAUUUGGAAACUGUAAAUUAACCACAAUUGGAUCGAUCUAUCUAUCUAUCUAUCUAUCUAUCUAUCUAUCUAUCUAUCUAUCUAUCUAUCUAUCUAUCUAUCUAUCUAUCUAUCUAUCAAACAACAUCCUUCUGUACCUCCGCAGAGGUCCUCAUCAGUGUUGCUGAAGGUGAUUUUGGUGUCAAUCCCAACCAGUCUGCACUGGUUGGCAGUCUAAGAAUGAUGCAGAGAAUAACCAAAGAAGGAGGCAAGGGUAUUUUAAAUCCUCAAAUGAAGCUUGACUGACAUAGCUACCACUGGUAAUAAUGAAAGACACCCUUUCUUGUAGGCAAAUAACUGUAGGUAAAGAUCACUAAUAACCACUUCAUUCUGAGUUUUCUAUUUGUGUUGGGUAGCAAUUCUUUAUUGAGUGGAAAUGAUUGUUUUUAUAGGCACUGAAUUUAUAUUAAGCCAGGUUGAUAACAGAAAGUCUGUUAAUCUGUACUCACUUGAUAAAUGAGGUUAAUGAAAGCCAGCAUACGUUAUUUUAAAUAGUCUGAUAUACUUGCACAUAACUGCCUCUUUCACACACAUACAACCUCAGUUUUUGCUCAUUUGGUAUUUUUAAGUUGCCAAUCGGCUCUUCUCUUUGUUACAUUAAUAGCUGUAGUUGUAAAUGCCUUAAGGUCAGAGUUGUCGGAAUUCCCUCACCUCACAGUAAAUGUCACUGGUUCCAUGUGAUGGAUGUUUAUUAUGUUUCAUUUCCAUUAUGCUGUGGAUGGAUUUUGAUAUGGGAGCCAUGGGUGUGCAGGGAUAAAUUAGUCAUUGGCAGAAUUAACUGAAAGUAAACAGAAAUGAAACAAGAAAGCACUGAGAUGGAAAUCUGUUUGCUGAGCUCCUAUCCAAAAAAAACAUGAACAUGUUGAAAGGGAGGAUUCCUGUUUUGAAUGUAAGGCAAAUCAAAGGUUACUUGAUUUCUCUCCCCUCAUCACCAUAAUUUUUUAUCAUUCAUGGCUUUGGCAAAAGAGCAGUGCUGAUACGUGCAACAGCUGUCUGCAUUAUUCAAAGCAGCCCACUGUGUAACAGUUUUUUCAUUCAAUAACAUUACAGAAGAACGUAUUAGGGUAAAGUUCAUGAAUUCUUAACAUUUUCUGAUUAAGACAAAUUUGCAGUGAUUACUAAUUUAUAAAAUUAGAAUAUAUGUUGAGUGUGAGUUUAUGUGCGCAUGCAAAGUCUUUUUAAUUGCCAUUCCAGUAAAAAAGUGUCUUAAAUUCACAUUUUUAAGUGUCUAGUAGAUAUCUUACUAUAAAUCUAGUUAAAUUGCCUAAGCUGCCAUUUACACCUAUCUUUAGUUGAAGGGCAAGCAGGAAAAUUUUAUUCUUAAAAAAAUAAACUAAAUAGAUACAUAAAUUUAAAAAAAUGCUUUGAACAUAAUCUUCAAAUUUGCAUCCUCAACAGAAUGGCAGAUUCGCAGAACUUUGUUAUCCAGUUCCACAUCCUUAACGACUCAAUGCCAUGUAAAGGUGGAUUGGCGGCACCACUCAUUUGGCCUAUAGAUUGACAUCAAUCUAAAGCUUUUAGCGGGACUUAAAAUCUUAAAAUGAUUCUAGGAUAUACUGUAUAUUUUUUAAAAUAUUAACUCUAUUCCAUGUCUGACUGAGGCAGGUUUAGUUCUGCAUUAUUUUACCUAUAAAUAUAUAUAUAUAAAUAUAUACAUAGAUUAUCUUGUUAAUAUUGCAUGUUUAUAUACAAUUUUGUAAAUAGGGCAUGACUUGAAGGAGAUAAAAGGGAAUAUUGUGUGUUUAUGUUUAUUCUUUAUCAUUUUAAUAAUAAAAUAAAUAAAAAAUGCACUGAUCGUAUAUUUUAUAUCUGACAAAAUAUGUAUUUUCCACAAAAGCUGUAAGGAAAAAAAUGUACAUUUUAAAUAACAAUUCUGCAAUCUUUAAACUGCCUAAUAUAGUUGUGAAGAGUGUUGUGUAGUCGUGUGGGUCUGCAACAUUGCUGUUAAAUGCAUGCUUGGUAAACCUUUGUCUAUUUGUAGGAGUGUUUAGUGAUUAUUUGAUAUAUCUAUCUAUUGGGGUUAUUCAUAGGUAGAUGUAUUCAUACAGAACAGUACAAAAAGGCCUCCAAGUUUUUGUUUAUUCACAUCACAUGUUGAUUUUCUAGGCUUAUUUUGAUAGUUUAUGUAUGCCGAGAAAGUGAAAAUUAUUUGCAAGGUAACAAUGUGAUAGAGAAAUGAAAUGGCCAUGGAAAUGAACUCAAAUAACACUAACAUACACAAAUAUAUAUGAAGUCAUAGUAUAUAUUAAUUUUGUGUACUUAGAGGUCAUGCUCAAGCCAUACCCUAAAUCAAGAGAUCAUCAAAUAGUUAAAAAAUGUAUCCAAAUAGCAAAAGCUUAAUUACUGGAAGAUUAAACACAAGAGGGGAAAAGAGCACAUCAAAUAGUGUAAAACAAUAAACAGCCUCUCACCUUUACGAUUAUAAGCCAGUAUUUAUUACAUAGGUAGCUGAUCCACUUACCCAACAUGCCCAACUAGCGUUCCCCUGGCACCUUUCUUUGUACUCCUCUCCAUACUAUGGCCUUGCACUUUCUUCUUCAAAUUAAAAAUUUAAAUGUCAUUUAAAAUGUCCAAGUUCAGAACAUCACUGUGCUUUUCAAGAGGUUGUUUUAGCAGUCCCUUUUCUUCCUGCAUUUCUGUACUAUAGACUAAGCUGGAUGGAAUCUUUAGACAGGUUGUCUUCUCAUGCGGCUCCUAAUGUACUGCAGUUGGACUUCACUCUGUCCCGUAUAUUUUGGGUGAAGCCCUACAUACAAAUCCUUUUAUUGGUCCUUUAGUGCCCCCUUUUGGCUAUACGCAAGAUCAUAGCUGGCCACAGUAUUGCUACAUACACCACACAUACAUAUGCGCACACACACACGUACACGUAUAUAUAUAUAUAUAUAUAUAUAUAUAUAUAUAUAUAUAUAUAUAGUUAAGCAUCUGUUCAUGAUGGUUGUCACUCACAGAGGCAGGCCCAAAAAUGACUUGUGACAUUGCAGGUUUUUAUGUAUCAUCUGUGGCAGUGGCAGACGUGAUGUCAUCUGUACCAGUUGAUACCUUUAUUUCUAUGGGCAAAACAGGAGAAGGUGUUGCCGGCAGCACCACUUUGUGUACUGGGGUUUUCCUUAAUACUUAUUCUCUGUAUUAUACAUAUGCUAUAUAAUUGCAUUCCAUUAUAGACAAGGAAAAUGCCUCAAAUGUAAACCGCUAGAAAUCUAUUGUGAUAUAAUAAUACUUAGUUGGCAUAGCUGGAAAUCUCUAACCAAUCGAAAAUAUUUUCAAGCACCAAUCAUUAAAAUUUGUAUCACCAAUUUAAAUUUAAUCGCAUUAUUAAUCAAAUUGAAUUAUAAAGAAAACAGUUUUAUAGCCAUUUAACACUCUUAAGGCGCAUGUAUAUUUUUUCUAUUCAUUUUAACAAACUGGAAUAUUAAAUAUUUAAAAUUCUGUCCUACUUUGAUCAACAGAUUAUUUACUUUUAUUUCUUACAGUGUGUCUCAGAGCUGUACAUCAUCAAUGUAUUGCUGAAUUAUUUACAAGACAGACAAUAUUCCCAUUCUCUGUGUUUUUAUUCUGUUUUUGUUCUGCACUACUCUAUAUGUUGUUUUUUUUAAACUAAUUAAGAGAAAAACAUCCUAAUAAACUAGUCAACAAGGAUGACAGCUUGUCCUUUGUGACUCAAAAUCAAACCCACUAAAUUCUAUACUAAGGUGAAUCUGCUAAAUAAACAAAGAGAAAGAUUUUUAAUUAAACACGUGUUAGCAAAGUGGAUUCAGAAAUUAGUUACAAUAAAACCUUACAGCCAUAGAGAUUCCUCAAAAACAGGAAAACAUUCAGCCCGCCACGUACAUUUCAUUCGACAUUUCGUUUCUGUGAUGCUGCUGCCCCCUUCAGUCUGCUUUGUGUGAUUAAACGGAUUCUACUGAUUAAAGCAGGAUUGUGUGGUAUGGGCUUGACACCACAAUGAACCACCUUCACAAAACUGAAGUCUAAUUUUCAGAGAAAAAAACAGUAUCCCAAAUGAUGUGCAACUUCAUAAUAAAUCCAUAUAUAAAGUGAAAAAAUCAUAGAAGAAUUUAAGUAGUUUUCACAACAUCAUUGAAUUUCAUAGUGUUAACCUGUCUGCAGGUAAAUUAAAAGAAAAAAAAAAAAACGCUUUCUGGUUUGCAUAGUGCAGAAGUAAAGUUUCUUAUUUUAAAUAACACAUAAACCUUUCAUAAUAAAACUGUGGUGUGCUUUUACUCAGAAAAUAUGAACUGCAAAUUAAUAUCAACAAGCUAACAUUUACGUUCAGUUAUUUGAUUCUACAUGUGCUGGUGCUGAAACAACAAAAACUUGGAUGCUCUUGUGAACCUAUGUCUAAUGCUGCUAUAAUUUGUGUUGACUAAAAUAAACUUGUAAUAUAUAUGACACACACACACACACACACACGCACAUAUAUACAUACAUAUAUAUAUAUAUACUGUAUAUAUAUAUAUGUGUGUGUGUAUAUAUAAAGUUAUAUAUAAGCUUCCACACAAGCCUUUUGACUACAAAUUCUGCGCGUAUGUAUGUCUGUAUACAGAUUAUUUAAUAAUAAUAUUGAAGCCAUACAAAAUGGGCACUAAUAUGCUAGUGCUCCUCUGUGUAGAAAACAAUAAAUAAAAAUUGCUGGUUUUGUUUGUCUGUUCAACAGCACUUCAGGCAUUUUCAGUAUGUCGUAUGUGUAUCUUUGUGCCAGCAGAUCAAUGCGCUUUUUAUCUAUGUACAACAGCUGGUACUGUAUGUCUAAGAAAUAAUUGUGAUUUCUUUCUGGGAAUUAAAGAUAAUUUUGAAUUCUAUUGUUAGCCAUAAAAUACCUUCUUCAUAUCGAUCCAUAUGUAAUGAAUGUUUUAUGUUUGCCUCCCAUAAUGUCUUCUGGAAACAUUGGGUCGUUGUCAUCAUCCCAAAGACCAAGCAGCAAUAUUACUUUGAUAUGCCAAGAAUGUACAGUUUUGCAUGUUUGCCUACCUUGCUGAAUUACAGUAUGUACAGUCUGUGGGGAAAAGGGAUCCAGCCCAAAAGUUCAUUAUUGUCCUGUGUUCUAAUUGCAAACAUGUAGAACGGUUGAUGUUUUUUGUCUUGGAGAGCGUGGAUUCAACCGCUGUGCCUAUUAAACAGGGCUUGUUAGCAACCUGUACGUUAUUCACUUUAUAUGUGGCAGUGCGCAUUCAUUUAUCUUUUCCUGGCAAUAUUUCAAUUAUUUCUUUCAUUUCUGUCACCAUUUCAAUUUACUAACUGGCAAGAAUGCUAAGGCUAAUGCAAUAUUUCUAAAAUUUCAUCUAUCCAUCCAUCCACCCAUACUUGUAUUACUUCUCCUGCUGUGCAUUACAGAUGAGAGGAAUUCUGCUAGAUAGGGAAAAAGAACAUAUUAAGAUCAAAGUGUAAACAUGAGCAUGCAAACUGUAAAUACAAUAAUUAGCCUAAAGUGUUCUGUUUUCAGUUAGUAGCAAUCCACAGCCUUAAGUAAGGCAAUCUGACUUUUUUUGUAUAUUUUCAGCUAUUCAGGGUAUUCUUAGAAUAAAUGUAAAGUAGAGUAGUUCUGUCCUUACAAAUAAUAAUGAACAAACUGGAUAAACUGUCUGAUGCAUAACCCUAUCUAGUAUUCACGAGUUAACAGCAAAAAAGUUUAUUUUACAAGUAGGUAAAACAUGCAACAGAAAACCACACGAUGUCUGCUGAAAUCAUCAAGCACACACUGCUCUAUGCUCAUUUGGUUUUGUAACAUACAAUUGGCUACAAUGCUUUCUCCACAAGCUGUGUUUCCUAGUCAGCCAGUCAAAUCAAUAAUUGCAAAAAUAAAUAAAUACAAAAAUAAAAUUAGAUCCACAUUCUCCUAGAAAUGAUAAAUAUGCGUGCAUAAUCCUUUUAUCCUAAUGACUAUAUUUUUCACAAAGUAGUUUUGUACAUUUUACUGGAAUCCUACACUAACAAAACAUUUGUUUAUUUUAUUAUUUUUGUAUUUAACAAUGCUAUUUAUUAUUUCAUUAUUAGUAUUUUAACUUUUAUUAUUGUUAUAGCUGUUAACUAUGAAGAUGUAACUACUGAAAAUGACCACAACAAUGUACUGUUUAAAAUAAUAAUGCAACAAAUAGCUAAAUACACAUUUAACGACUUAAUAUGAUGCAUGUCCAUGAAUGCCUGGCAGUUAUCUAUGUUCAUUAUCCUGUAUCCAUAAAAUGACUGCCAACCGUAUAUGAGUAGAUUACAUUACUGUAUAACAGGUAAGUAGGGUAAGGAAACUGUGAAGUAUCUAAAAUAGUUUGGUCAACAAGGACAUCUGCAGAAGUAAAGGUAGAGAUAAUGCAUGCUUUUAUUGUAUUAUAAGAAAAAUAUAUGAAAAAUUAUAUUUGCGAAUGACAAUAUUAUAUUUGAUAGGAGACCUUUUAAACAUCCUACUGCAUUUAAGUUGGUAAUUUGUGUUCAUUAGGUAUCUAAAACAAUACAAUAAUAUAAGAUAAAUAAAGCCCACACAUUCUGCUGGAAAACUGUUUAUUAUGUAUAUAUUAUAAUAAAAUGAUAUUUUAAUGAUAUACGCCAGUGGCCUUCAAUUUCUGUUGCUUUUCAUUCCAACCAACUUAUGUUGUCUUACUUUAAUUAAACAAGCUGUCAUUUCCCAUUUUUCUUGUGCCAAUCCUUAAAUUACAAGUUGGAUAUGCUACCUUUUAAUUAACUGAAGCAAGCAUUUAAGUGCGGAACAUGAAGAUGGAAUCAUUUGGUUUACCUUGCUUAUUGUUAUUUUUUUUUAAGUGUUCUGGUUAUUUAAGCCAAUCAGCAUGUCCGUGGGGUAGGCACAGAAGAUGCCCUUUCACAUUCAGUGUCUGCUCCAAUAAUCCUUAUUUGUCCACAUUUCAAUACAAUUAAAACAGCAAAGUCUGAAGGACAAAAUUGAAAUUAAAAGAAAAUAAAGGAACAGAAUAAAGCCUUUAAAGCUAUGGCUAACCACAUAAAUAUUUUCUAAUAUUUGCUAUAAAUGUAAGCCUCAUGCUAUUUAUUGCCCUCUUCUGAUUUCAAAACAAGAGAAGGAAAAAAGUUUGGCUAUUUAAACAAUAAGGUCAAUUUUAGAAGUAAAUUGUUUGUGAAACUGGUUGGGAGGAAAUCCUGCAGCAAUACGUGGCCCGGACCAGAACUUGAAAGCCACUGAUGUAUGCCAUUACAACAACAUUGGAAAGCACUAAAAAUAAAGAAAUCACAUUGAUUAUUUGGAAGUUCUACUGAUGUUUCUGAUUUUAUUGAGCACUAUGGACCAAAUUUCUUCUAAUCUCAAAAACAUCUUAUGAAGAGCAUCACUUGUAUUUUUAAAUAGGGAUAAUAGGUACAUUUUCGUAAUCGCGCUUUUUACUCUACUUUAAAAAAUAAGUCAAUUAAGUCUUGGAAAUUUUCUUAUGGUGAUAAUUAUUGCAUAUAGACAACAAGCUUAUUGGCAUUUCUGCCAGUGAUGACCUGUGUAUAGACUUUUCAAGUAGUGUUAUUAAUCGGACUGAUUAAUAAUUUGUUGGAGUGUCUAACACUGCUCAGGGUAGCUAGGAAUAAAUGGGUCUUCUUGUAAUAAGCGUCUUCUUUAACAGCAAUUAAUGGAUAUUGUGCCUAAACCCUGCAGGGCACACUUUAAAAAAUGAGUCGGAGUAGAAAACAUUUGUGCCCACAAGGAAAAUAGCAAACCCCAAUGGAGUCCAAGUGUUGUGAGGCAGCACAGCUACCAGCAGAAACUGUGUGUUGAGUAAGGCUUAGAUAGUCUUGCAAUAAAUAUUGAUGUCGCAAAAUUUCAUAAGUACACAUUUUAAUAUAUUGCCUUAAAUGCAAGCAAUUAGUAUUGAGCUACUCUUUCAGCAUCAAUAGGACCGCUAAAACAGUAUUGUCACUGAUUCAGAAAGUUUUUACUUGUGUAGUUGUUAGAAAGCGAAGGCAUUGUGACUUGAUCCUGCUGUCUGAUUCGUUCCAUUAUUGCCCUUAUUUUUUCAUUGCAUGAUGUUUAUUGAGGGAAAUGGCAAAUGUGUUUAUCCCAGAAGAUAUUACUAUAUUUCUCUUCAGAAGGUUGACAUGAUUGCCCAUGUUAAAUAAUUAGAUUUAAAUGGUUACACACAAUACUGCCAUUAAGCAUGGGUUGCCAUGAUCUAUUAGUAUCAUUUUAGGUAUAUUUAUUAUUGCAUAAUAAAUGAAUAAAUAGGUAAAAGUAAAAUGCGACUCAGAACUCACUUUGUAGACUGGAAUUUUACAUUUGUUAUUGAAGCUAGAAGGUCUGUAAUCAUUUAGUUUACUGUAAAUUGCUGAACCCUUCUUGCAUGCACAUAUUGUGAAAUAACAAAACACAUCUUUUCAAAGAGCUCGUUUUCUGUGUCGCCUUUCCAUUUCCGUUUUGUAACCAUCUGUGAUGAGUCUAGUUGUUUCUCAGUGAGAUAUGUACUGUACAUACUGUUGGUCCAUUGUUUUUGCCUUUUUUUUGUUGUUGUUUUUUUGCAUGAUUUGUCUGACCAAGCUGUGAUUUGUGUUGUUACGUCCUCUUCCAAUUGUGACCAUUUCACAUAAAUAUGUAGAUAAGACCAAUUUAUGCUAAGUUAUGAAGACGUCAUGUUGCCUUGUAUCCUGCUGUUCUCACCUACUGUUUUUAUCACCAUGGUAUUGUACAUUUUGAACUUUACUAGAUGGUAGUGUUGCACAUCAUGGAUUUUAGUGUUACUUGUUUGAUUCUGGCCCAGGUAGCACUGAAUUUUCAGAUGUCUUCCCUAUCAUCUCAGAAGUGGUUCUCCACGCUGCUCCUUGUCCUAAGUAUGUUGUUCUUUUUUUCUAUGUUUUUAUUGUUUCCACUGUAAAAUACUAUCCAAAGAAGCCCUUUUGUGGCUGCUUUCCUUUUUAUCCAAUUUCUUCAUUUUCUUAGCGUUUUUAAUGGUGUGGUGUGAGCUACUGUUAGUGUUGUAUGUUCUGUGGAAAGCAUGCUUCAUCCCUUGAUGAAACACCUUUAAAUGUUGCUUAUGUAGCCACAGAUGCUCACCAUCUGGGGUGAUGAUUACAGCAAUGCAUCAGCAUCCCUUGUGAAAAACUUCAGGGGAACCAAAUAUGGCAAAAUAUCUCAAUACAAAUUUAUCAGUGUAUUAAGUUACCAGACACCUGUACUGAAUAUAAAAUAAAUAAAAGUCUUUUUAAUUA